CCAUAGGUUUGUGCCCAGAGACAUGACUCUGCUACUAAUAGCUUUGUGGAAAAAAAUGCAGUGCAUUGGGCUGCAUGUUGUGAUAAUGAUGUUUAAUUCUCAUCUCUGGAAUGGACUUUUUGAAUGAACAUCUUGUGUCUUCUAAUGAUAGCUCACAAAUUGUUGAGAGGUUAACUUAUCCAUUUUUCUGGAAAUCCUUGGUGCUGUGGUAUCAGGCUAUUGAGAGAUCUCUGCAGCUGUGAACUAUUCCCAGUCAAAUGGGGCAAUCCUUCAACUCCUUUGCUUGUGUGUUAAGUUCAGUUUUAGGAACCAUUAGCUGCGAGUUCUUUUUCCUGAUUUGGCAUGUCAAAUCAAUAUCAUUUGGAUUUUCAAAGAUAGCAUUACAAAUUGAGAAUUUUUCUCUUUCCAGUGUUUUCAUUUGAAAAUAAGUUUUUCAGUAUUAAUAAGAUAUGCACCUACACCAGAUAUUCCUUCCACACUCUUAAAAUGGGACUGACAACAAGGUAUGUGGAGGAUGAAAAAUUGUGUGACUUCUUUUUACUAUGGUGGUCUCUCUUAGCUCUGUGCAGUUACAGCACUGUUUGGCUAAAACAGCAUAAAAAUGAACUGUCUAUCAAGGCUGAAGAAGAAAGUUUACUUUUCUAAUUAAAUAUUAUCCAUAUUUCUGUUUAGUUAGUUUUUUCUUUGUUCUCCUGAACAUUAGUAACUGCAAUCUUUAAAUCUGUUUUAAGUAGCUUCUUUUGAGCAUAUUAAAUUUUCCUGACUAAAUUUAAGAUAUGACUCUUAAGUGAAAAAUUAUAAGAAAAUUAUUUUUGUUACCCAUUGCUCUGAAAGCUUGAAUAUAAUUGAGAAGGGAUCAUUAGUUAAUGUUUUGAACUAAUAGAUAGUCUCACAGUCUUAUAAUGAAAGCAGCUUGCAUUACCAAUAAAAACCCUGCAUAUUCAUCAGUGAUGGCUGCUGUCAGUCUAAGUUAUGAAAAUGUUUGGGCACAGUCUGGAAUCAAGUGAUGACAACUAAGAGUUGAACUCCUCUCACUGAGAGGGUGAAUAAUGUUCUUUUUUUAUUUUCCCUUAGCAUUCUCUAUUUACUGUUACCUCUCUCUGCUCUGAACUUUGUGGUUCAUUAUGGGCCUUCUGGGAAUGCCGCCAGCAAGAUGUUCCUGAUUGAUGCUUCUGAAGCCAAAAUUCAGGGGCUCUUACAAUGUCUUGCCAGCUUUGGCAUUGCUGUCUUCUGGGAUUGCUUUCAAUUUGUGUCAUCCUACAUCAGGCUGUAAACCCGUCUGCUUCCUGUUGUCCAGGAGUUUAAUGCAGACCUCAGAUCAGCAGCAUGCAUAAAAAAAGAGGUACUCAGGGGCUGACAGUCAGCAGCAGGGUCCUGGGGGUUUGGACUUCAGGUAGUAACUUCAGCAUGUCAGUCUGGAUUAGGUGUGGGCUAGACCUGGCUGCCAAAUGUAAAAUGAUUUUGUGUUAGAGGAGAAAGAUAGUUUAGUUGUGUGCCUUUAGGAAUUCCCAGCAGGAGAAAAAGGUAAAUGAAAAGUUUAGCAAGUGAAAAUGAAAGCUGUUCUUGUUGAUUGCCUUGCAGGGGUAGUAUUAAUUAGAAAUCAUAAUGCUCCAUGAAUACAUUUUCUAUAUUCCACAGGUAGUUUACUUUGGAAAUAAGGACCUCUAUUUCAUUAUGUGCAUUAAAAAAUAACGGCACAAAGAACUAGAAUGCAUCAGACCUGGAUUCUUUUUUUCUUUUCUUGCAAUUUUAAGGUUAUGUCCAUUUAAACUUUUAAAUCUUCUGCAAGAAAGUGGCAUGUAAAGUAUAAUAAACUUGAAAAAGAAAUACCAUUAAACCUACGAGUCUGUCUCUCCUUUCCAGUUAGCAAUUAAAGAACUAAGAACACUAACUGGUGCUGGUAAAAUGUUGAUAAAAGGUUGACAUAAAUCUCUUGAAUAACCGGCAGGCUUUAUUAAUUGGAUGUGUGGAAUGGCAAUUGAGCAGCAAUACUAUCAGCAGAAGGUGUCUUGGCUUUUUAAUCCAGCAAGAAGUGAAAUAACAAGUCUAGAUAGUGGAAAUAUAGAUGACAUUUUAAACAAUGCAGAUGUUGCUUUAGUUAAUUUUUAUGCUGAUUGGUGCCGCUUCAGCCAAAUGCUGCAUCCUAUUUUUGAGGAAGCUUCUAAUGUAAUCAAAGAAGAAUAUCCAGAUAAGAAUCAAGUGGUAUUUGCUAGAGUAGACUGUGACCAGCAUUCUGAUAUAGCUCAGAGGUACAGGAUAAGCAAAUACCCAACUCUGAAACUCUUCCGGAAUGGCAUGAUGAUGAAGAGGGAAUACAGGGGCCAGAGAUCUGUGACAGCAAUAGCAGAUUACAUCAGGCAGCAGAAAAGUAACCCUAUUCGGGAGGUCCAGGAUUUGGAAGAAAUUAGUUCUCUUGAUCGCAGCAGAAGAAAUAUUAUUGGGUACUUUGAGCAAAAGGACUCUGAUAAUUACAGAACCUUUGAAAGAGUAGCGAAUAUUUUGCAUGAUGAUUGUGUGUUCCUCUCUGCCUUUGGGGCUAUUUCAAAAGCAGAGAGAUUUAGCGGAGACAAUGUAAUCUACAAGCCACCAGGGGAAAAUGCUCCAGAUAUGGUGUAUUUGGGCUCACUAACCAAUUUUGAUUUGAUUUAUGCAUGGACACAAGAUAAAUGUGUACCACUAGUUCGAGAAAUCACAUUUGAAAAUGGGGAGGAACUGACAGAAGAAGGCCUUCCUUUUCUGAUACUUUUCCACAUGAAAGAUGACUUGGAGAGUUUAGAGAAAUUCCAGCAGGAGGUUGCACGGCAGUUAAUAGGAGAAAAAGGUACAAUAAACUUCCUCCAUGCUGACUGUGACAAAUUCAGGCAUCCACUCCUCCACAUUCAGAAGACUCCAGCAGAUUGUCCUGUCAUUGCCAUUGAUAGCUUCAGGCACAUGUAUGUCUUUCCAGACUUCAGUGACUUGUCAGUUCCAGGUAAACUGAAGCAAUUUGUACUAGACUUGCAUUCUGGAAAAUUGCAUAGAGAGUUUCAUCAUGGCCCUGAUCCAACUGAUGUAGCACCUGGUCAGCCAAUUCAGGAUUUAGCAAGCAGUCCACCAGAGAGCUCAUUCCAGAAACUGGCACCCAGUGAACAUAGGUACACCUUAUUGAGGGAAAAAGAUGAACUUUAAAAAACUUGAAAUAAUCUUGCAAGCCUUUCAGACAGCAGCAUUGACUUCUGUGUGGUGGAAAUAGUAAACCUAUAUUUUCAUAAUUCUAUGUGUAUUUUUAUUUUGAAUAAACUGAAAAAUAAUUUUUUUCUCCCCAGGCUUGUAAAUACAUUUGUUUGGUGGGUCAUUCUGUACAGCAUCUUUCAAACAGUACAUUCUUAAUGCUAUAGUAAAAUAUCAGAGACCCAUCCAGACUCUUGAUCUAACUCUGUAAAACUUUUAUAAUCCAAAUGAAGGUAUCCUUGCCAGAGACAUGCUGUUAACUUGCACUAUCCCAUUAAAUAGGACUUUUGGGUUGUUUUCUGUGUAACCUUGGUAGUAUGUGCUUUUUCUUCUUCUGUGAACAGCUAUCCUGGUAAUCUAUUUCUUUGUCACAUUUUUCUCCAACUUAAGAGGGUCUUCUAUUCUGGAUACUUGGGAGGGGAAUAAAUUAAAGUUUUACAGAA